AUGUAUUACUUUGUAGCCUGCGGGCAUUCAAGCGUAGGUUCUGUGGAUGAAGAUGACAAUGGUGAAGGGGCAGUUGAUGAAGGCGGCCCGACAAGAGAGUACCUAAGGCUGUUGAUGAGGGCCGUCCACCAGUCAAAUAUCUUUGAGGGACACGAGAAAGACCGGCAGUUGUCUCUUGAUACUCAAGCUUUGCAGACUAAACUGUACAUGUGGGUGGCAAAAAUGAUUGCUGUGUGUGUGGUCCAUGGAGGAGUCGGUCCACAUUUCUUUUCCGAAAGACUUUUCAAUCAAAUCUGUGGGAUACCAACACCACCGGCCAGGGUGGAUGAAGUUUGUGACCAUGCUUUCAGGGAACAGUUAAUAAAAAUACAGGAAGCAACAACAGUCCGAGAGGCGAACAGCGUAAUUGCAGAGGCAGCAGAUAUUCUCAGCAUUAUAGGUGCCUUAAGACAUGUGUCCAGCCUGGAGGAGAAGGACUCCCUUGUCCAGUCAGCUGCAGACUUCUUCAUCAAUGGAAGAUUGGCGACUGCCCUGGACCAGUUUGUUGAGGGGUUAAAAACACUUGGUUUACUGGAGGAGCUGAGGAAGAAUCCAGCAGUGUUCUACAACAUGUUUGUCAGUGAGGAGAUUCCACUGCAGGCGAAGGACCUAUGCACUUUAUUUGAUGUGGACUUCUCUGUGCAAGGCAGCAACAGGAGAGACCGAGAAAACAUGACAAUAUGCUUUUGGCGUGACUGGUUAAUUGAUAUUGAAGAAGGAGAAUGCAGUCCAGUCACCCUAGAGAAGGUAUUGGAGUUUACAUCUGGAGCUUCAACAGUGCCUCCACUGGGAUUUCCACACCGUCCACAAAUUCAGUUCCUUCAUGAGGGCAACAGAAUCUUCCCAGAAGCAAAUACUUGUAUUCUUGUACUCCGCCUGCCACUGCACUCUUCCUAUGAAGCCUUCAAACAACACAUGAUUGAGGGAAUUUUGCAAGCUCCAACCUUUGGACUUGCAUGAUGUCACUGUGUGUAAAACGUAUUAAUGGAAAUUCAGUUUUCACUUGAGCUAUGUUUCUGCUUGAAAGUUAUUGAACAGAAUGCUGUUGAAGCAAGUCACUUCAACAAAAAAUUUAGGUGCAGUAAUCCUGUUCAUUUUGCGUGAGUAACAGUUCGAUUCAGUUGAUGGCGGUUAUUCAAUAUUGAGCUUUUUGAGCUAGCUCAAACUUGUGUAGUUUUUUUUUUUAUUAUUA